UGGUUUUGAAUUAUCUAUGAAUAUUUCAGCCGGGAUAGACAGUCACACAAAUGCUAUGGGAUCGUGGCCGUCCCCCGAGGAGGUGGCUCGCCAAGGUCUUCGGACCGCUACGGGUCAUAUCCUCGAGAAUAUCGGGUUUUCAUCUGUGUCUGGAGAAUCUUUGAAUGUCCUUACCGAUGUUAUGCGACGAUUUAUGGUUGAGCUAUGGUCUCGAAGCAAGCUUUUCGCCGAACACGCCUGCCGAACUGAGAUUACUCCCGAUGAUAUGGGUCUCACCUUCAGCCGGUUGAAAUUUUCCACAGUCGAAAUGCGCGAUUAUCUUUUACAAGUGGGGAAUGUCGGUCAGCCCAGGCCGAUGUGUCAGUUUCCCAUUCCUCACCCGAAUGCAAGACCAUUAUUUGCACCUCAGCCGAGCGCAAAGGAGCUCGAGGAUCGCCCAGCUCAUAUUCCCCCAUUUUAUCCAGCUGCCCAUCCAGAAUGGACAUCGGACGGCGCUGACUAUCUUGCUGUAAUGAAGCCCUCGACAUCUGUGGAAAAGAAGGGAGGCCCUGCUGACUUUCCUGAUUUUUCAAAAAUGGAUGCCAAAUCGUUGGGUUUAUUGCGGCGUUGUCACGAAGAGCCAUCCUUUUUGGACCCUAGCAAAGAUCACAGCUCAGCCACAGGAAUUCAAAGUAGCGCCAAUUUGUCAUCUUUGAAACUCCAACAAAGCAGUAGUAGUGAGAUGAAUGUGAAUACCUCAGCUUUACGGAAGAAAGGGAAGGGUAGCAAUAGCCAUAAGGACCUUCACGGCGUUUAUCCCCCAUCUCCUGUACCGUCCCCCAUUCCGACGCACUUCAAGCGCACUGAGCAGUCAACAAGUAGAUCAGAGUCACCUUCCUCUCGAUUGACUGUAACACUACCUCGUAAGCAAGAUCAGAAACCAUUGAAAUCGACGCCUGUCAAAGUAAAGAAGGGCUCUGCGGCUGAUGCUGAAACACCGAAUACUUCUCCGAUGCCAAAACUCGAAACUCAGAAUGCGGCAGAAAAUACCUUGACAACUCCAGCAGCAGUAGCCUCAGCAAGAAAUUCACCCGCUCCCAAAACAGUACCUCAACGACCUGUCGCGGAGGCUGAAACUGCGUUAGCAUUGCAGAGUUUUCUGCUUGCCCAUGUCAAAGAAGAAGUGAAGAAAGAAAAGAAACAACGUGAAAAGAAGGGGAAACAGAAAGAGAAGCGAAAGCAAGAAGAACAAGAGCAACUUCGCAAGCAAGAGCAGGAGAUUCAAGAGCAACAACGUCUUGCUGAAGCACAAAGACUGGAAAAGGAACGGAUAGAGCAGCUGCAGGCUGAAGAGAAAGCUCGCCUUCAUCUGUUAGAACUUACCCGGGAUACCGCCACACCACCAAUGAGGGAAGUUCCUGAAGCAUCACCGAAGUCGCUGAAGAUCGUGAUCAGUAAUCCUCAUAGCGAUUCUGCCAGCUCUGCGUUCUCACCUCCGCCACAAACACCACAAGCUGCCAGCGAAGUACGCCUUAUUAGCUCUCCAACAACUGAUCCCCACUACGACAAUGAUUCGGAUACCAUACCGUUCUUCGACGAUGCCGUUCCUCCAGUUACUGACGAACCGGCUGUACCGUUGGUAACGGCAUUUCCUUCCAACAUCGACAUGAAUGAACCCGCACCACAGCAUCACAAGAAGAAGAAAAAGAAAGAUAAGGACAAGGAGAAAGAUCGUUCGAAAUCUCCCCAUAAGAAAGAUAAGAAGAAGGACAAAGAACACAAAAAGAAGAAAAAGAGGAGAGAACACGAGAAAAGCCAGGAAAAGGAGGAAGGCGAACGUGAGGAAAAGCUUGUGAGAAGCAGCUUGACUACUAAAGAAUCCAGUCACGAACCAAAGUUCACGCUCAAAAUUCGCAUCGGUGAUCAAACUUCAACCACAGAAACGGUUGCUGAGCCCAGUCCACAGCUAGAGACUGUCAAGAUCAAAUUCAAGAACCUGCCUAUCGAAGAACCCAAGAAGGAGGAGCAGAAGACUGUGCCACCACUGAAAUUGGGUUCAUUGUCUGCUCAGAAAGAGGCCAAUGAACAACAGUCUAACCAUUCUGAGCCGAAGCGGAAGUUUUACACAAAAGCUGAGCUGAAGGCUCCGCCCACGUUGUAUCCCAGUUUUUCCUCCGAAAAGCAUAGUAAAGAAGAAAGAAAACGCAAAAGGAGGGAAGAUGAAGACAGGAAACGAGAGAAAGAAGAACGUAAGCGCCGAGAAAAGGAGGAGAAGCGACGUCUAGAACAGGAGCGUGAGGAACAGGAGCGAGCUCGCAGGAAAGAGCUAGAAAAUGAGGAACGGGAAAAAGAACGGGAGCGUGAGUACGAACGGGAACGGGAACGAGAACGUGAAAAAGAACGCGAACGGGAGCGGGAACGUGAGCUUGAACAGCAAAAAGACCGAGAAAAGGAGAAGGAACGCGAGCUUGCCGAGCAGAAGGAAAAGGAACUACGAGAAAAGGAGGAACGUGAACGGGAGAAACUGCGACGAGAAAAGGAAGCACAACUGCCUCCUCCCGUGACGGCUUUCGUCAAAGCGGAGAAGAAAAAGGACAGGAAGAACAAAGAGAAACGUCGAAGUAAGGAAGAGAAAAAGAAUCAGGUGGAGGUGAACACUCCCGUUCCCGAUGAUAAUUCUGACGAAGGAGAUGACGAUAGUUCGGAUGUGGUGUGGAUAUGCCCAUCGUGUUCUGUAGCGUGGACUGAAGGUGCCACUAUGGUGUGCUGCGACAUGUGUGACAACUGGUUUCAUUGGCAUUGCGUUGGCCUGAUUGUUGCGCCAGCUGACGAUGUGCCCUGGUUUUGUCAGAAGUGUGCCGGUAAAAAACAAAAUGAAAAGUCGGGCGGAAUACAUCAAAAAUCUGGUCAUUACUUUUAUCGAUAUAUAAUUUUUAACGAUUGUAAGUUUUAA